AUGGCAGCGUGGCCGUCAAUUGGUACACGGACAACACCAAGCGAUAAUGCAGCAGGAGGUCCAGCAGUUGGAACUCCGGCGCCGGUUCCGGCAACUUCAUCUACUACUCUGCCGAAUAUUUCCAAUGUAACAGAGGUAUCCUUAGAUUCACAAUCGCAAUCCAAUCCAUACUUUAUGCAUGCAAGUGAGAAUCCAGCUUUGGAGCUUGUAUCAACUCCCUUAGAAGGUCCGAAUUAUCAUCCAUGGGCUAGGGCUGUAACCAUGGCACUAUCGUGCAAAAACAAACUGGCAUUCGUGGAUGGAACCAUUACCAAGCCUUCCAGAGAUGAUCGGAGGUAUCCAUACUGGGAGCGAUGCAAUAAUAUGGUGGUAACCUGGCUGAUUCGUUCUCUAUCACCAACGAUUGGCCGGAGCGUCCUCUGGAUCGACACAGCAUAUGGAGUAUGGAGAGACCUAAAAAAGAUAUUUAGCCAACAAGAUCUCUUUCGAGUCGCAGAAAUCAAGUGCGAAAUCUAUCGAUCUAAACAUGGUGACAAUUCGUUGAAUGAAUACUUCACUCAACAGAAGCUACUGUGGGACGAAUUGCAGAUACUUAGACCACCUGCGUUCUGCGGUUGCAUCUCCAGAUGUGAAUGCGGAAAGAAAAUAGAUAUGUUGAACGAACAAAUGGAGAAGGACAAACUGUCUAUUUUUCUGAUCGGAUUGCACGACAGGUAUACUUGUGCUAAGAAUCGGAUUAUGCUGAUGAAGCCUUUGCCAGAAGUCAGUGAAGCCUACUCUAUGAUAGCACAACAAGAGAGGCAAUUGCAUAUCAAUUCUACUGGUUAUGGAAGUCCUUUAUUUCAAACUGGAGAAAAUAAUGCUGCUGGAAGUGUAUUGAUGACCAGAGCACACACUGGUUCACAGCAGAAUUACAAAAAAUUCUCAGGAGGGAACAAGAAAGCUAUCUGCACUUUCUAUGGUUUUACAGGGCACACAGAGAACAAAUAUGACUUUAAGAAGUUUUUGGAAUUUGUGCAUAUUCAAAAGUCCAAUGAGAAAGGAUUGAUGGACAGUACUCCCCUUGAUCAAUCCACAUAUAAUGCACAUGCCAAUACCAUUUCAGCUAACCAGAUGGAAGGUACUAAUUCCCUUUCCAAAUCUAUUAGUUAUAGCAAAAAUACAUGGAUAUUGGACAGUGGGGCUACUCAUCACAUUGUAUGUUGUAUGGAAUUAUUAUCUAAUCCAAAGGAAGUCCACAAUAUGUUUGUAAGACUGCCAAAUGGACAACAGGUUGCUAUUUCUUGCAUUGGAAGAGUCUGUUUGUCUGAUGAGUUCAUUCUGCAAAAUGUUUUAUACAUUCCUGGUUUUUGCUAUAAUUUGAUAUCUGUGGGGGCCUUCAUCCAAACCUCUAGAUGCACUAUGAAACUACACACUAACCAGUGUGUCAUACAGGAUGCUAUGCAUGGCAAGAUGAUUGGAUUGGCUGAGCUUCAGAAUGGAUUAUAUCUCCUGACUUUUCCUGUCAGUUGUUUCUCUGUGCACAAUACAUUUGGGGUCCAUACAGAGUUCCCACCCUUCAUGGACAUCAAUAUUUUCUUACUAUCUUGGAUGAUCAUAGUAGGGCAGUGUGGGUAUAUAUAUUUGAUGAAGAAGAAAUCUGAAGCAAGAGAUUUGAUUGUGAACUUCUGCAAUAUGGUUGAAAACCAAUUUCAAACUCAUGUUAAGAAUAUCAGAUCUGAUAAUGGCAAAGAGUUUGACAUGAUUGAGUUCUACAAGCAAAAGGGAAUACAACAUUAG